AUGUCCUGGGGAUCCCUCGCUGAUGUACAAGAAGAUCGCAGGCUGCGCCCUGACUGGGCGGGCAUUAUUUAUACCGGACUACCUCCAUAUGAAAAUCGUGUUUCCGGACAUACGAAACCGUCAUCGAAAAGGAGUUCCGCGAUAAAAGAUUCCGCUUCAGUAAGUAUACAAGAGGAAUAUUGGAAACCAUUACGGCAGCUGCUCCUAUACUGUAUCCACGUCAACACAAGGUAUGGAUAUAUCAUAUCGGACGCAGAAGCCUUAUUUUUUCGUCGGACAAAAUCACAAGAGCCUCCUACACCCCUCUCUGAGAGCAGGUCACGACGUCAACCUCCACCAGCGCAUACUCGCGUGACUUCUCUCACCUCGGUAGCGUCAGGGACAUCGGCAAUGUCUCUUGACUCUUCGGGAUCCCCAUAUACCGAUGCGGGAAACCCAGAUAUAAAUGAGGCACCGUUGGAGAUUGCUAUUAUUCCAUGGGCCAACUCUGGUACGGCGGAGCUGACCAUCAACUUGGGAGUCUGGUUCAUUCAUAUCCUUGCGACAUCUGACAUUUCCGUCGAAGAAUCGUAUCAUCCUUUGGGAAGCUGGCGGAGGAUCAAAGAUGAAAAGGGUCACUGGUGCUUCCAACAGGAAGGCUCACGGAGAGUUUCUCAAACGCUCCCAGAAAGAGGGGUUCUGAUUGAAGCUGCGCCAUAG